AUGCUAACUCGCGCUCAAGCUGCUGCUCAGAAAGCUGUGGUGAUCGACGGUGACGUGGAAAAAGACGACGGAGAGAUCGACGCCGCUGGUGAUGACCGUGGCGCAGCGCUUGUCGUCUCUGAUCAAGCACUCGGCUCCAGCGUCAUGGACCACUACCAACAGGAAGGGCAAAAUCACGCCCAGAACGCCGCGUUGAUGGCUGUGCAAGCCUCAUCAGAGACCAGCGUAAGGCAGCUCACGGGCCAACAACGAGGCAUUGCUAUUCAAUUCGUAGAAGCGCUGACGGUCACGCAAGCCAGCCUCCGGGAACAACUCCAGCACCUGCAGAACAUCCAAGAUGAGCGAGGCGGUCAAAUCGAGAGCUACGUUAGUGACAGACUUACCCAGGCGGGCCAAGACGUACAAAACGAAGUCUUGCAGAAGUUGAUGCUGAUGGAGCGCAACAUGGACGGCACUCUAUCGCGGAUGAUGGGGCAAGUCCAAGAGCUUAUUGAAGACAGCUUGCGGGUUCACGGUAGAACUAGUCUCACGCAAGACGCAGCGCAGAUUGCCCAACUGCAAGUGAUAUUGUUGACAGAGGGAAUUUCAGCAGAAAUAAUGGAAUAUGUGCAGCAGCUUGUCGAGGGCAAACUAGCUGUAACUUUUUGCGGGAAGAGCAUCAAUCACGAAACGAGAGAGAUGGUAAAGCAUCAAGCGGAUAUGGCGAUGGAAGGCGUUGCAUCUGCAAUAAAGUUUUCAGUGGAGAUGGACCUUGAAAAGGCGUACGAGUCAACUUGCGAUGAGCUGUUGCGGUGCGCUGGCGAUGUAGAUGGGUGUCUCUACGAAUCUGUUCGCGACUUCGUUGCAGAAACAACAACGAACGCAAACCGUCAACUAGAAGCACGCAUCCAGAAAAUGCUUACACAUACGCAGGCUGAGAUAAAUAUACAAGUGCAACGGCAAGCAGACGCGACAACGGCUAUUCGUGAGAACGUCAAGAAGAACUGCGCGCGUAUGGAUAGGCAAAGCCAGCAAAUCAUUGCUGGCCUUAUAAGUACUAUUGCAAGUCUCGUGAAGAAGGAGGUGAAUAAGUGCAUCAACGCUUUGCAGAUAAAGGCGGCCCAAACCAAUCACGACGCGUUGCGACAAAAUGGUGCACCAGCCAAGCAGCAAGAAGCCUUCCAAUGCAGCAUUGAGCACAGCUUGCAGUCGGCUGUUGGUGUCAUCUUCGAGACAGUUAUGGAAGGCGUGAGUGAGCUGAAGUCUAAAUCUGAGCUCCAGAGAAGCCAAACGACCUGCUACGAGCCCGAAUGGACCAGCGACGGCCAAGGAGACUCUGACGAAGAUACUGAAGUCGAGAAGAGGAUGCUAGAAGCAUGGGAGAAUUCCUAUCGACAUGUACCACGACCUAUCUCUCCUGUUCGACUGCCUAUAAGAGAGAGCUGUUCAUUCAGCAGCCUUGAUGAUGAGUCUGACGUGCUUGCAGCGUCGGAGAGGGACCAGCAACACACAGUUGCGAUGGUGUCCACAAGUGCUACGUCGCAGACAAAGGAGCAAGCGCAACAAACGUUACCAACAGCUGUUCCGUCUUUAAAGACAUCACACGAGUUGAACAGGGUGGUGGAUGUAUGGCCUUAUGCGGCCGUGGCUGCAGAGACUAGUUCUUCGUCACAAAACGAAGACAAUCAAGCAGAUUCGCCACCACUUCGGACGACAGCACCCAGCCUCGUGCGAUUGCGGCCACCUCGAGUGCGCGCUCGGUUUCCUGCACACCAUCUACAUCAUCGAGCGCGAGAACGUGACAUAAGUGUACUAGUGUCAGAGCUUCAGCUUCAAGUUCAAUUGAGAGCGGAGCAGACAGCACAACGCUACUUGUCGAGUAAAACGUAA